AAUGUUGCGGAGUAAGUAGCAUUCACGGUACGACAAACGAUUUUGACAUCACUCCAUGGUGUACAACGAGUGGAUCAUGUCAGCAAACAAAUUCUCAGAUUCCUAAAACAUGCUGUCUUGGAGUCACUAUGGAAGACUACCAGUCAGCUUCUAAUGAAUGUCAUGCUACAGUCACACCCCAAACAUAUAAUAAUAAGGGGUGCUAUAAGGCACUGAUAGAUAUAUUAAUGGAAGAAAGAGACAAGCACAAAAUAAAAAUCGAGCAGGUUCUUUGUGAGGGAAUGAAAAUACUAAUUGCGAUGGUAAUAUGUAUGAUUUUGCUAGUUUUUGGAAUCCUUGGGGUUGCUCCUCGCGGAAUCAGUUAUUGCUGCAACAUGUGCAAAAAGGAAUCAAAAGAGAAGAAAGGCGAAAGUCACAAUGGAAGCAUUCCGAAUAAAAAAACUGAGAAAACGACACUGUAACAUUUUGAACCAGGUUCAUAAUAACGUUUAUAUCAUUUCAAUACUGCAUCUGAACGAGAAUUGCUGUCGAAAUUAAAAUCAUUAUAUUUACAAUUCUUCUGCAAAUAUGUUACAUGUAUGAGUAAUCUUGUAUCUCAAAUGUUUAAAAAAAAGAAUACUAUUAGGUACUAAUGUCAAAUCAUUAUCUUCAUAUUUCAUUCAAUCACAAAAAAAC